AGUCGGCGUUUGCCGUGAAUUCUUAGUUAGUUUUGAGUGUGAUCACGUUAACCGUAUCCUAGAAGAAGUCGAUCGAACCUCAGAAUCUGUUGGCUAUUAUUUUAAUAAGUUAAAACUCUGAAUUAUGUUUAAAAUUAUUGAAACUACUUUCAGACACCAAUCUAUCUGCAUGUAAUUAUCCAUUUUUGAAAAAGAAAAUUCAACUAAUUCAAUUGGAAUAUUGGGCCUCAGGUUUGUAAAACAAUGAUCUUUUUUCAAAUACUCUUGAUAGCAUUUGCUAUAACCUCAACUUAUUCCAUUGACAUAAACCCAAAAAUAUUGUUAAGCAAUGUAGAAUGUUUAGUAGAUCUUAGUAGCCAAUUGGUAAAAGGUGAAUGCCGUAUAUCCUUGGAAAAUAAUGAUGAAAAAUCUGUUGAUUACAUAUUGUAUGCAUUCGAGCCUUCUUUUAAAAUUUAUAUAUCCUAUAUAUCUGCUCAUCAAGUUGUUGAAUCAAAUCGUUUGGGAUUGAAUGUCAAACCUGUUAUAGUUACUGGUCAUAAUGAUAAACAAUUUUUUCAAAUUGAUUUUAAUACUACUAGACCACUUAAGUCUAAAGGACGAACUCCAAUUGUUGUUGAAUAUGUAUUAACUAAUGCAUUACAUCCUUAUCCUGAGGAAAUAAUUCAAAAAGAAAGACAGCUAAUGAUGUAUUAUGGUAAUGCAUUCUUUUAUUCUCCUUAUAAAAGUAUGAAAUCUUCAAUAAAAUAUCAAACAGGAACUAGACGUUUGGAAGAAUACACAAAUUUAAGUCCUGUUUCACAAAAUGCUGGAGAUAUUACUUAUGGUCCUCAAGGUCCUUUAGAACCCUUUUCAUAUUCUCAAAUAAAUAUACAUUAUGAUAACAACAGUCCAUUUUUGAAAGUAACUAAAUUAACCAGAACCAUUCAAGUAUCACAUUGGGGCAAUAUUGCUGUUACUGAAGUUAUAGAUAUUGUUCAUCAUGGUGCUAAAUUAAAAGGUUCUUUCUCUCGUUAUGAUUACCAACGUGAAACUAAUAGUGGUCUAUCUAGUGUAAAAUCAUUCAAAAUGUAUCUUCCAGCCUCAGCUAAUAGUGUUUAUUACCGUGAUGUUAUUGGUAACAUCUCUACUUCAAAUCAAAGAACACUAUUAGAUUCUGUUGAAUUGGACAUUCGUCCAAGAUUUCCUCUUUUUGGUGGAUGGAAAACUCAUUAUACUAUUGGGUAUAAUGUUCCAGCUUAUGAAUAUCUAUACAAUAGUGGUGAUAAUUAUCUUUUAAAGAUGCGUUUAAUAGAUCACUUAUACGAUAAUAUGAUAAUUGAAGAGGCUACAAUACAUAUUAUACUUCCUGAGAAAUCUUCUGAUAUUGAACUACAAACACCUUAUCCAAUAACACGUUUGCCAGAUGAUCACCAUUAUACAUAUUUUGAUACAAUGGGAAGGCCUACUUUAAAAUUGCAAAUUUCAAAUAUUGUUGAAAAUCACAUCAAAGAUUUUGAAAUUAAAUAUAAAUUCCCAAAAGGAUUCAUGUUGCACGCACCAUUAAUAUUCAAAGGAGCCAUUUUCAUUUUAUUUUUAACUGUGAUAAUUUGGGUUCGUCUAGAUUUUUCAAUUGCUAAAGAUGAACACAGUGAAACUCGGCAACGUGUAUCUGGUCUAGUCAGUGCAUUAAUACAUCAUAUAGAAAGAAGAACUUCUAUUUAUGCAUCUUGGGAUGACAAUUUAAAUAAGUUAAAACAUUCUAAAGAUUUAAAUGCAUUUAAUACAGCUGUUAAACAAAUUCAAACUGAUUAUAAAAAUGAGUCUAAUAGCAUUAAUGAGUUAACUACAAAAAUAAAAUCUGAAUCAUCAGAAUUAUCAGAUAAACUCAAUGAAGUGCAUAAAGUUGAAAAAAAUUUAAAAGAUGUAUUUUAUCAAAUUCAGUAUCUUUAUGUUGAGAAGCUUAUCCCAGGUAAAGUAGGAAGAAUCCAAUAUGUUGAUGUUGCUAGUGCUUUAAAGAAGAAAAAGGAUGAAUAUCAAGAAAAUAUUAGUCAAUUACUAAAAUCACUUAAUUAAAUCAAUAUUUUAUGUUUUUUUCUUAAUUAAACUUUAAUUUUUUAAAUAUUUUUAAGAUUUAAAUUUACUGUUUUUUAUAAGGUUAAUAUUUGCAUCAAGAACAGUUAAUUGCACCGUUAAUUAAAAUUAUUUUUCUGUUUUUAUAGUAAAUACAAUUCUACUUAAAACAAUAAAUAGAACAAAUAAUGAUUUAUAUGUAUGAGUAAGUGUCUUGCUUUAUACAUAUAACUUGAAUAAUGUAUACAUUAUAUACAAUUAUAUUGUAUUUCUAUAUAUAUAUAUAUUAUAUAAAUGUAUGAAUUACAUAUUUAAUAAUCAAUAAAAUUAUUUCGAUAAUUGGUGAAAUACAUUUGA